CUCCGCGCGUGCGCAGACCGAGGGCGCUGGACCAAGGGGGAGGUGCCCGGCCGCUUCUCCCGCGUCCGCCAUUUUGUUGCUGUGGCUAUUGGGAGCGGGCUGGGUAGAAGGGCCCGGGAGGCGCGACUCUUGGUGGAGUAGGCGGCUUCGUGGGACGGCGAGGGCCGGUGCGGGCUCGUGAGGCUGCGGAGCCGGCGGGUUCCAGGACAGAAGUCACCGGAGCCACCCCUGGACGCCGGGCAGCUGAGAAGCCCGAGGCGGCCUCCGCCACUGCUCGGCUUCGCCCACCUCGACCCCCGGGCUUUGCCCCGUGUUCCCGGGCCGCAAAAGCCGGCCCGGUGCAGGCGGGCGGUGGCGGAGGAUGCUGCGGGGCCCGGAGCCGAGAGGAAGGUCCUGACCCAGCCCCCCGAUUGCGCCUCGAGGUGUUCCGAGAGGCCCUUCCUCGGCCCCAAAGCCGACAGCGGGUAAAGGCUUCACGAGCAGGCGAGAGCAGCAGACGCCGCCCAUCCCUGGACCCAACACCAUGUCGUCCGCCAGGUUUGAUUCUGCAGACCGCUCUGCCUGGUACAUGGGACCGGUGUCUCGCCAGGAGGCGCAGACCCGUCUCCAGGGCCAGCGCCAUGGCAUGUUCCUAGUCCGGGACUCCUCUACCUGCCCCGGGGACUAUGUACUGUCCGUGUCCGAGAACUCGCGUGUCUCGCACUACAUCAUCAACUCCCUGCCCAACCGCCGCUUUAAGAUCGGGGACCAGGAGUUUGAUCAUUUGCCGGCCUUGCUGGAGUUCUACAAGAUCCACUACCUGGAUACUACCACCUUAAUCGAACCAGCGCCCAGGUAUCCAAGUCCACCCAUGGGUUCUGUCUCAGCGCCCAACUUGUCUGCAGCAGAAGAAAAUGUGGAGUAUGUACGGACUCUGUAUGACUUUCCUGGGAAUGAUGCUGAAGACCUACCCUUUAAAAAGGGUGAGAUUCUAGUGAUAAUAGAAAAGCCUGAAGAACAGUGGUGGAGUGCCCGGAACAAGGAUGGCCGGGUUGGAAUGAUUCCUGUCCCUUACGUUGAAAAGCUUGUGAGGUCCUCACCACAUGGAAAGCAUGGAAAUAGGAAUUCUAACAGUUAUGGCAUCCCAGAACCUGCUCACGCAUACGCUCAACCUCAGACCACAACUCCUCUACCUACAGUUGCCAGUACUCCUGGGGCAGCGAUCAACCCUUUGCCAUCCACACAGAAUGGACCUGUCUUUGCAAAAGCAAUCCAGAAGAGAGUACCGUGUGCUUAUGACAAGACCGCGUUGGCAUUGGAGGUUGGUGACAUUGUGAAAGUCACAAGGAUGAAUAUAAAUGGCCAGUGGGAAGGCGAGGUGAAUGGGCGCAAAGGGCUUUUCCCUUUCACACAUGUUAAAAUCUUUGACCCUCAAAAUCCAGAUGACAACGAGUGAUUGCUGUUGCCGACCCUGCUGCUGCCUUGUUCUGCCUGUCGUAGUCUCCGUUGAAGUGGGAGGCACUCUCCCAUGCAAGUCACACCGAGCUGCUGGUGGCCGGCUUUCCAUCCACUGGGUCUCCUGCACAUUUGGAAUGCCUCCAGCCCCUGCCUCCUGGCAUUUGUAUCAUAGUCAUGCUGUCAAAGAGUAGCGGUCUUAGCGUCCUUCUGGACUGUGAACUGGAACCCUGGUGGAAGGAAGCACACAGUAGAACUGCACAGAAGGGUCUUCUUCUCAUCACUGCCUCGUUUGUAUUGGAGACGGACUCUUGUGUGAGCCUGCUGACGGUCCACACGGAGAGGGCUAGCCUCGGCAAGCUCUUGCUGUUGCUGGUCCACAGAGCAGUGGCUUUGCUACCGACUUGUUUUUCUUUGGACGACAGAGGAAGUAAACUCCAGACAGUUCUGUCCAAACUCCUGCAGUCUGGCUUGUUUCCACUUUCUUUUGUUUAGUUUUGGUUUUGGAAGACUAAUUCAUUAGAGUUGUGUGUUCUGAACAGAUUUUUAAAUAGUAGGUUGGAUUUUUGUGAUAGUCUAAGGAACAAUACGUGUCCCUGAGCUUCCAAACUGAAGCUGCUGUACGUAACUAAAGAAUAUGAAAAAGA